CAUCCCAGGGUUUUCAAGCCCUUUCCUUCCAACGGCGAAGGAACGCAACGCACUCUUUCCAAAGUUCCUUCCUCUCUUGUCUAGAUUCUUCCAACCGAACGAGUCAUGGAAUCCAAACCCGCCCACACUCUCAAACUUCUCUGUAGCUACGGUGGCAAGAUCCUACCUCGCCCCACCGACGGCCAACUCCGUUACGUCGGCGGCCACACCAGAGUUCUCGCCGUUGAUCGUUCCGUUUCCUUUUCAGAAUUGAUGGUGAAGCUUGUAGAGUUGUGCGGUUCGUCCGUGACCUUGAGGUGUCAAUUGCCCAAGGGAGACUUGGAGACUUUGAUUUCCAUCACCAACGACGAGGAUUUAGCCAACAUCUUCCACGAGUACGAUCGCGCCUCGUCGGAAUUGACUCAUCCGUUGAAAAUCAGAGCGGUUCUUUCACCGCCGAGAUCGAUGAUGAUCAAGAAGCUCUCUCCCGUUCCGUCGUCGUCUACUUCCAGUGCCAGUCACUCCCCGUUCAGAUCGCCUCACACCUCCGCCGAAUCACUGCCUUACGCGGCGGUGCAUCGUAUCGUCCGGCAAAAUCGCUCGCCGCGGGCGCCGUUAGGGUUUCCGAUCAAAGCUUGUUGCUACCCUGGCCGAUUCGAAGGAAGCCCAAGAUUCUUGUACCGCGGGCCCCACUGCAGCAAUUACUGCCAUUAAGAGAAACCAUAAUAUCUACACACAACACAGUAAAUAGUAAACGGACGAAAAAUACUAUGAGUUUAAAAACUAAAAAGAGAUGAGAGGGGAUAUUAAAUACCAUGAUUUUUAAUUUUGUUUUUUUGAUAAAUUCUUAAAUCUGGUUGAGGUUCUAA